ACUAUCAGCUGGCUCUUUUUCCUAGCAGCAGCGCACUCGAUAGUUUGGAUUCGUAGUACUGUACUUAUUUCGGAUCUGUCAUUUCACCAAGACGGAAUGAUAGUUUGACUGCUCUCAGAUAAGACUAUCAACACUCGAGUUAAAUUGACGAGUUGAAGAAAUCUCUCGCUUGUUUCGUUAUAAGUAUAGCCAGUUGUCCAUGCUAGCUUGUUAGCAAAGUAGCGUAGGCUAUAAGUUAGCUAGCUAACAACGGCAGCUAACUCCAGCAGAGAGAGACUGGAAAUAGACUUCAUUGCAUAACGUUAACUGAGAGAUAAGCUAGUUUACUGACAUAAUUAGCAUCCAUAUUCUGGGAAAGUGACAGUGAAUGCUCAAUUCUCAAGACUAACCAGUCAAUAGUUGUUGCCUUGCUAACCAGGGCAGGGAGGCUAUUCAACAAGCUAACUUUAGCAUUCAGAUAGAUCAGAAUGCCUUGACUGAGCUCGUGCGGUAAGUUUGGGGAGAGCUGCUGUACGUACGAUAAUAGAUUUUCUGCGGGGCUAAAAGCUUCGAGGGAGAGGAGUCGUUUUCAUUCAGACGUGUCCAGGGGCCUUAACGAACGUCUUUCUCACUAAAAAUAAGCCAUAGACAAUCGUCUCCCAAAUGUUGACAGAAAACAGGAAGCGGCGGCGUGGUGGAGACAAUGAGGGGGACCAGCUGAACCCCCAGGCCAAAAGGUCAGGAGGGGGGCAGGAGGGUCACGCCAUGGUGUCCAAGCUGGGCCAAGACGUCUGGGACUCUGAGUCGUCCAGCAGUGACAGCAGUAGUGGUAUCAGUAGUCCUGAGAGGGCAGCGGGAGGAGCCAGCACAUAUACACAGAGCCAGAAGAACCGCACGUCCCAGGGUCUCCUCAGACCCUCGCCAGAAGACCCUUCCAUAUCCUCGUUGAGUCUUUAUGGCAACGGCACCCCCUAUGACCACAUCAACAGUGUCCUGAGGGAGGCCCACUUCAGCAGUCUGCAGACCAGAGAACCAGGAUCUACGUGACCUCACCUCACCCCUGACCCUUGUUACCCCACUGGAAAAAGCCCAUGGGUAGGAUCCAGGAAGAAGUUGCCCAUAAACUCAAAUCUAGAAUCAAUUUACCCCAGAUUUGUGUCUAGGAGCAACUUCAUCCUACUGGGAUUCAGGAUGUGGCAGAAGUGGGUAUACAUCCUUUGGGCUCUGGACCCAAUCCAUACCAUUGUCCCUGUGCUGUACACCUUGUAAUGUGCCAUACAUAAAGCACACCUACAUAUCCAAUGGCCCACCCACUGUGGUACUACUAUAUGCAGUAUGUACAGUACCAGUCAAAUGUUUGGACACACCUACUCAUUCCAGGGUUUUUCUUUAUUUUUACUAUUUUCU